AUGUCGACGGCGUCAGAGAGUACACGACAAGUAGAAGAUUUCACAGAAAUCAGCCAAACUUCUUCAUCUUCGGCUGAAAAAAUUACUGUUACUGAAUCCUCGCCGCGAGAAACAGAAAAAUCGGAUGUCGAGGCGUCUGCGGUAGAAAAUGCCAUUCCACCGACCGAAACCUUGAGCAAGCGGAGGAAGGUACUGGUGCUCUUUAUCGUUUGUCUGGCCCAGUUUUUCGACAUUUUCAAUGGGAAUGCGUCAAUUAUAUCGCUACCUGAGCUUGGUCGCGAUCUGGGAUUCGAACCAGGAGCACUGCAAUGGAUUCUAUCGGCUUACACGCUGACUUUCGCAUCGUUCAUGCUGAUAUCUGGGAGCGUCUCAGACAUUUUUCACCCCAAACCCGUUUUCUGCGCGGGAUUCGCGGUUGUUGGUCUUUUCGCGAUUCCCGUAGGAGCAAGUGUCCACCCAAUCAUGGCUAUCGUGUUCCGCGCCUUGCAAGGCAUCGGGGCCGCCAUGAACGUUCCGUCGUCCCUAGCGAUGAUACGAAUAGCUUACCAGGAUCCCGUCGAGCAGAACCACGCCUACGCUUGGUAUGCCUCAGCUGGUGCCAUCGGAAACGUCCUCGGCUUUAUCAUCGGUGGAGUGCUUACCGCUCGAACAACUUGGCGCUGGGUCCACUAUUUGAUCGCAAUCGCGGUCAUCCCCACAUCAAUACUAGCGUGGUUCAUCCUCCCGAAUCCGGUGCCUAAAACGGAUAAGCGGCGCGGCAUUGAUCUACCCGGGGUCUUAACGCUCACGGCCGGGCUUAUUCUCUUCGUCUACGCUAUAUCAGCUAGCUCUGACUCAGGAUGGGGAUCACCGCAAGUCAUCACGACGCUCGUCUUGUCUGUCGUAGUCAUGGGCGCGUUCUUUGGUGUCGAGAGAAUCGUGAAGGAACCGGCUCUCCCGCUGCAAACAUGGACGAAUAAGAAUUUCAUCCCGUUGUUUUUCUACGGCUGGACUGCGUAUUGGUGGCUCCUCGGCAUGGAACUGCAACUCGUAGACGUGUUCACUCAACUCUGGCAUGACUCAUCCCUGAUCGCCGCCGUGCGAUGUAUCCCUCUCGGUCCGUCAGGCGUGCUGUCCUGCUACCUCGCCGGGAAAUACGUCACCAGGGCGCCGCACACCCUCCUCAUCGGCGGUCCCACUCUCAUGGCUGUCGCGUCCAUUUUAUUUGCGCUCGGGGACACGCCCGAUAAGUACUGGUCCCACAUAUUCACGGGGCUGAUCAUCGGGCACAUGGGCAUGGGCGGCGUGUAUGUGGGGUGCACGACGAUGAUUAUGAGCGGGGCGAGGAAGGGUGAGGAGGGCGUCGUGGGGGCUGUCACGUAUACGGCGUACCAGAUGGGUGCGACGUUGGGUCUUGCUGUCGUUUCGUCUAUUACGCUCGGCGUGAACUCCGGACGCGCUCUGGACCCGAUAUCUCAACACGCUGGCUAUGCCGCGUCAUUCUGGUCGCUGCUAGGCGUCAACGGCUUCGCCAUGAUUGUAGCUAUCUUCUUUGUUCGACGCUAG